AUGGCUGAGAUUGUCAGACCUGCACUUGGCCAGCAGGUUGCCAUCGGCACGCUUUACGAUGCAAGGGUUGACCAAUUCCUUCAGUCCUCUAUCUUGCCACCGAAUCUGCCACGAGGAAUCGUCUUGCGAGGUAUCCUCCCACCCUCUGACCAGCUCCAGAAUUGGAUGGCUGAAGGUUCCGAUCAUGCGAGUCGAUUCAGAGCAAUGCGUGUUGAUGACAACCUUGCAGCAAGCAUUCUAUCCGGCUCAAUCAACCUCGAAGGAUCUGCCAACUUUCUGAAAGACAGCACAAUAGAUGAAAAUACACUCUGCGGUGCAGUUCGUCAUUUCUUCAAUACAUAUAAAGAUGUUCUUGAUAUUAAUAGGGGGGCGUUUAGAGCUGGAGGGGCUCCAGCAAUGUUUCUCCCGCCGGAUCCUCGCAGUACCCAUGUGGUCACCAGUGUCAGAUGGGGACUGCAGAGCAUUCUGACAAUGAAGCACCGCAUAGCAGAUCCGAGUCAACAAGUAGCCCUGAAACUUUCAUUUCAGAGAGACUUAAUGGAGCUGAACGCUAUCGUCAAUUCCAUUUACUCGCUCGACUUCAGCAACGAUCUGGCAAGCCAGCGACUUGAACUCGACUAUGAGUUCAAGCUCUAUACUGACAUCCAGAGGGAUCGUGGCAUUGGCAAAGAAACCCUGCCUGUUAUGUGCAGGUUUGUGCAACUGGGCCCGCGGCAGAUUACACAUACUCCUGACGAAGCAGGGUACCCGAUGGAAUACACCUUACAUCCCAUACAAGUCCUCCGCCAUCUCAUGCCUGGUGGGGGCCCUCACCAAGCCCUGAGAGCUAUCACCAACAUCGAUCCUUUCUUUAUUCUUUUUGAUAAUUGGAAUGCUUGUACAGAGAAGCUUGAAGAGUACAGACACUCGCUCGUGGGUCGGGAACAAUAUCUUGCAAGGAGUCACAUCGACGAAGUCGAUGCAUCAAUUGCUCUGCUUGAAACAUCUCGGAAAAAUCUCCAGAUGACUCUGCAGAGAACUGUAGCAAGUAUCAAGGAUGGCACAGUGCAUGAACAUCGUCUCGAGUACAUAUAUGCCGAUCACGAAUCAUCUGCCCGGCAGAUCUCUAUGAUCGCUGGCCAGCAAAGCGACAAGCUCAGAUUCAUCGAGCAAUGUCUCAAUAGUGGAGCGACAUAUAUCGGUUUCAAUGGCGCUUGCAUCAACGAACGCACUCUGUCUCACGAUCCUCCUCCAUAUCGUUUCCUUUUCAAUAAUGCUGUGCUCAAGAGUUCAAGUUCAUGGAAUGAGCAUUGCACAACUCUGAGGGAGUUCCUUCACAACCCCCAGACCCAGAACCAGGUGUUUAUAGUCGACUGCGAUGCCCCCUCUGAGUACAGAGAGUUGGGAGCCCCAAUCUUUGGUCCAAUACGAACAAUUUUGAAACCAGUGAUUGAAGUUUCGGAGUAUCGGGAUACGUCAGCAGAACGCAGGUGUAUCGCUCGUUGUGAUCCGGGCGAGAUGGAUUUUGAUACACGAAGACCGGCUGAACGCCGCUUGGUCAGGAUCCCCUGUCCUGGGCCAUCUUGUGACUCUCACUUGAGUCGUGAAUGGGCCUGCGCCACUUGCAAGACUCCUCUAGAGUUCGGGUCAACGAACAACUGCAUCUACUGCGACUGUGGUUCAGCCGCUUACGACUCAUGGGACUUCAAAUGCAAUAGCGAUAGUCACGGACGCGGUUUCGAUAGAUACCACACGGAUGAACUUUAUCGACUCUUGACAAGAUCAAAACGGCCUGAUUGUCGCAAUAUCCUGGUUCUGGGACAGACUGGCGUUGGCAAGUCAACCUUCAUCAACUCUUUCGUCAAUUUCUUGACGUUUGAGAGUUUCGAUGAGGCGAAAUCGGCCCUGAAACUAGAGUAUAAGGUCCCGUGUUCCUUUUCAGUCAGUCAUUGGAACUCAUCGGACCUAGAUCAGGAACUUGAGAGCCUGACGAUCCGCGUCGGCUCUGGAGAUGAUGAACACGACGGUACCACCGGCGAUUCUGCGACACAGAGGACAUCAGUUUACAGAGUGACAUAUAAUGAUACCAAAUACCGCAUAAUCGAUACUCCAGGUAUCGGCGACACCCGAGGUCCUGAAACAGAUAAUAAGAACAUCAAGGACAUCAUGAACACUCUGAAAAGAUACAAAGAGCUUCAUGGAAUAUUGAUCCUGCUCAAGACCAACGAAGCGCGCCUGACCGCCACAGUUAAUUUCUGCUUUGGGGAGCUACUGUCCCAUCUCCAUCGCAGCGCUGUUGCAAACGUCGUCUUUGGAUUCACACAUACCCUCAUCUCCAAUUAUGCACCAGGAGAUGCUCUCAAACCACUUCAAAGCUACCUGAAAAAUAACACAACUGUUGACCUAACGGUAUGCCGCGCAAACUCGUACAGUUUUGAUGCGAAAAGCUUUCAUUACCUGGCUGCGUACUUUCAAGGUGUCAGAGGCGAAGACGAGAGAAGUUCCCGGGAAAGUUGGGAUAAAUCGAAAGCAGAAACUUUGAGGCUACUUUCCUAUAUUGACAACCUCAGACCACAUGAGAUCAGGCAAACGCUCACCAUGGAAGGUGCACGCGAAGCGCUCUGUCAUUUGAUGAUUCCUAUGGUUGAGAUUUCUCAGGAGAUCAGAAAGAAUUUGAGCCUUCUGGAAGAAAAGAUGGCAGAGUUAAAUGAUAUGCGCCUGACGGGAGAUGAAUUACGAAAGAAACUUCAUCUGGGAAGGAUCAAGGUUGUUCCUACAAAGCUCGACAAGCCUCGUACUGUAUGCAAGAAUAAGCAUUGUUGCGAGUUCAAGUCCAAUUCCAACGGCGAGGUUGUCCCAUUCUACAAGUCAAUUUGUCACGAAGAUUGCAGAUUACCAGGUGUUACUGAAGAGUGUGUGGGCCAUCCAGAACUCAUUAAAUGCCGGGCUUUCAAGGAGACCAAAGACAAGACUUGUAAAAGUUGCAAGCAUAGUUGGCAGGAGCACAUGCAUUUCUUCUAUGAACUGACAGAAAGCAAGGUCAAGGUCAAGGAUAAAGACGUUGAGCGGCGCCUCAGAGACAACGCAAGCGAUAUGGCACUACGACAAGAGGGUAUAGAGCGAGUUCAACAACUUGAGAAGGAAUACCGAAGCGAACAGAAACAGCUACGAAAGGCCACGGCGCAGUUUGUUGCGUAUCUGAGAGAGCAUUCUGCCAAUGCCUUCAAUGAUGCGACUGAAAAGUAUUACGACCAACUCAUCAAGAUUGAGAUAGGCAAGAUCCAGUUUGGAAAGGACCACAGAUUGAACGUCGAUGCGAACAAAAGAAAGCUCAGAGGUCUGACAGAUGACAGAGACAGGCAUCUCGAGCUUGUCAAGACGAUCCAGGAAAACAUGCAUGCUCCUCGUGACCAGACGGAAGCGCUUCUGACUCAAGAUGGAGUCGAGCAACUCAUCAGGGAUCUAUACAAUCUCAAGCACUUUGGCAAGAAUUUGAGGAGUUUAAGAGAUGACAUUACACAUUACAAGAACCAUGGCAAGCGAUCGCAUCACCGUCAUCGAUCUCGGUCGCGAAGGUCUGAGCGGAGCUUGGAGACGCGUGAAGAUGUAAGUGACAGAUCUAGUCGAAGCCACGAUGAGCGUGAACAAGAAUCGGGACGGGACAGGGGCAUUCUUCAAGGAAUCCAUAAAUUCCUCUCCGAUUUCUAG